AUGUCAAAAGAAACAUUUGCAUUCACCUCUUCUACGCUACGCUCCCUGCGUUUGCAACGGGAGUGGCUUGAUUGGGAAGACCGGCGGAGGGCUGCAUCUCGCCAGUCUGCCAGUCGAAGGUACCAGCCAGUUGCCAGGACUCUCCUUUCCCUCCCCAAGCCCACCCGGCGGCCUCAGUACUGCCGGGAUCCUGCUGUCCACAAUGCUUUGUACACGGGAGACUUGGCAAGAAUCCGAAGCAUUUUUAAGGACGAAGCCACCGCCAACUUGACUGUUGAGACCCUCAGCGAGGAACUGGUGUGGUCACCUGAACAGGGGCUGUGGGUGCUGACCCCCCAGAAGAAGCACACCUCUCCAUUGCGCAUCACUGCGGCCAGGGGCUACCAGGACUGCGUCAAGCACCUCCUCCUCCAAGGGGCAGAAGUUGAUGCUGUUGUGGGUGGAAAAGCUGCCCUUCAUGACAGUUGCGCCAACCACCGUGCUGAAUGCUCUCGCCUGCUGCUCAGCUACAGUGCAAACCCCAAUAUUCUUUCAGAGGAGGGUCUAGCUCCACUUCACUUGUGUACCACCCAGGAAACUUUGCCAUGUGCCCACCUGCUACUGGAGUAUGGAGCUCUAGUUAACCAGAUUACAAGGGAUCGCCGUGUCUCUCCAUUGCAUGUGGCUGCUAAGCACGGUCUAGAUGACCACAUACAGCUCUACCUUUGCUAUGGGGCGAACAUCAACCACCGAAACCGAGAAGGAGAAACGGCUCUCAAUGCAGCCUGUGCCAGUGCAGAUAGGCCUGAGGAGGCUGGGCGAUACUAUCGGGUGGUGAAGCGAUUGUUGGAGAGUGGAGCUGAUGUCCAAGUAGCUGGCCGAAAGAACCACACACCCCUGCACAACGCCUGCAGCAAUUGCCACUUCCGUAUCGUGGAACUGCUACUGCAGCAGGGGGCAGAAGUCAAUGUUAGCAACUGUGCAGGUUACACACCAGUGGAUUGCGCUCUACAAGCAGUGGAGGAUUACUUGGAUGGGGAGCCGGAGAGGGUUGUAGCCCUUUUGCUUAAUCAUGGUGCAGCCCCUAUCAAUCCCAAGAUGCUGAAGUUUUGUGCCUUGUCACCUCUGACUAUGGAAAUUAUAUUGAAUUCCUAUGACCGAAUCCUCUCCUGUGAUUCCUGGUUUGAGUCUGUGUCUCCUGAAGUGUGGCAAGAGCACCAGCUGUUCUAUGACUCGGCCAUUGGUCUGGUGAAUCAGCCUCGUCCACUACAACAUCUGGCCCGCUGUGCUGUCCGAAAACAACUGGGAAAAAGAUGCCACCACGGCAUUGCUCAAUUGCAAUUGCCCUCUUCUCUGCAAGACUACCUGUAUCUCCCACUUGAGGGCUAUCUCAAAUGAGAUGAGUGCUAUAUGCAUAUGUUGAUAUAUGCCAUCUUAAACAAAAAAGAAUCAAUAAAAUUUAGAAUUAUGUUGUCCA